AACCUCUCUCUCGCUCUCUCGCAAAUACUCUCCUUCGGCCUUAAGUUUCUCCCCCUCCUUUUCGGUGCUUUAUAAGAGAAAUUAUUGUCAAAAAUAUUAUUAAACCCUAAUAAAAUUCCUAGCACUUGCAGAUCGCACCCCCAACGCUUUCUUGUUCGUUCGAGGUUUCGUUUCCUCUCUCUCUCUCUCUCUCUCUCUCUCUCCAGCUUCAGCUUUGCGAAGGUUGGCUUUUCGGAUUUUCCGGGGGAAUGCAGAGAUCGUUUCGCGAGGAGCACAAGGCACUGGGCUGGAAGAAAGCAUUCAGCCAGGGAAUUGGCGUGACUGUACCCAAGGCAAGGACGCGUGACAAACCGAUUAAUAUGGUUUUGGGUCUCUAAGUUCGGGGCUUGGAAGGGAGACUGGGGCUAGGUUUUGAGUUCAGGAAGAUAUAAAAAUGACUCGAAUUUUGGUUCAGCGAGGAUCUGCAGGUGGUUCUUCUUCCAACCCAAGCCGUAAUUCUUCCUUGCCUGGGUCUUCUUCGGCUCGGGUGGAGCCGCAAGUUACUACUCCUCAGGUUCUUUCAGCUUUGAGAGAUGAGGAACUUGAGGAGGUGCAGGAACAAGUGGUUGUGGAUGAGCUUUUGGAGUUGUGUGGGAGUAGCGACAGCAAGGCAGCAAAAGGUGAUGAUCUUUUGAUGGAAAGCUUUCAUGACGUGAAGAAUGAGAGUUCGAGUGAUGAAAUUAAGGAUGGUGAGAAAGUUGGUAAUGAUGAAAUUGUGGAUCAGGGAGAGUUGUUGAAAGGAAUGGCUGGGUUGAGAAUUUCUGAGAGGCUCACGGUUGAUACUGAGGGUUCAAGUGUGAAUUCUGCAGGGGCAGGUAGUGGGAGUUCGCAGCCUCCUCCUCCCCCUGUCCCACCUCCAAAACUUUCAGCUGGAAACUCAAAUUCUAGAAGAUGUGUCUCAGGAAAUCCAAGUUCUGUCCGGAUUGGAUCAUCCAGAAGAGCAGUUGCCUGGCCUGUUGUUUCAACAAGGACUUCACCGACUGGUUCACGGCCUUCUUCGCCCAGGUCUCAUGGUGAAAGCGAGGGAUAUAAUAGCGCUGAUGAACAAAACCCUUGCUUUGUUUCAUCCUAUGAUGACCUAGAAAGAGAACGUCAGUUUGAAAUUGACAUUAGAAGGGCAAAAGGCUUUGAAGUCAAAAGAAUGCUGGAGGAUGGGAAUUGUCUGUUUCGUGCUGUAGCAGAUCAAGUUUAUGGGGACUCCGAAACAUAUGAUUUGACCAGACAAAUGUGCAUAGAUUAUAUGGAGCGGGAAAGAGAUCAUUUCUCUCAGUUUAUAACAGAAGGCUUUACAUCUUAUUGUAAGAGGAAGAGAAGAGAUAAGGUCUACGGAAACAAUGCAGAGAUUCAAGCCUUAUCAGAAAUGUAUAAUCGGCCCAUCCAUAUCUAUUCCUACAGCACAGAGCCUAUAAACAUAUUUCAUGGAAGCUACGACACUGACACACCACCCAUUCGACUGAGUUAUCAUCAUGGGAAUCAUUACAACUCACUUGUUGACCCUCGCCGUUUGACCAUUGGCGCAGGACUUGGAUUCAGCUGUCUUCAUGGGAGAAAUGUUGACAAGGAUCAAGUCAAGGCUGCCAUCAGAGCUCAGCAAGAUCAACAGAUUGAUAAUGCACUUCUAGCCGAGGGUCGAUUUUACUCUGAUCUUGAGCUCACUGAGAAAGAAAUUGAGCGCAUGGUGAUGGAAGCUUCUCGAGCUGAGUAUCUUGCAGAUGAUUCAUACAAACAGCAACUUAGCCGAAGAGAAUCAUCUACUUCUAGUGCUGAACCAUCAUCUUCUGGAGCUACUGGUUCAUCAGGCAGUGAGACCAAGGGAGGUGGAAGAGAGCGUGGUUUGCAGGAUUCUGUGCUUAGCAGCAGCAGCAUGCAGAUGGUUCUGUCAAUGGGGUUUAGCUAUUUGCAGGUGAUUGAAGCCUAUAGCAUAUUUGGGGAUGAUGUUGAUUCUAUGGUCUGUUACAUGUUGGAAACCAGCAGCAGCAGCAGACGCAAGGGCAAAGCAACAGAAUGAGUUUCAAACCAAAAAGACACACUAGCUCCUGCAUUUGUAGUUGCAUCCUCCCUUUGCUGAGGUUUUGGCUCUAGUUUAAGAAAGGAACCAUUUCUAUAAGCAGUGGCCUAUGAGCCUUAUUUAUAACAGUAUAUAAUAUAUAUGAUGCUUUGACAAUAAAAAAGUAUCUACUAGUUUACUUUAUCAAGUAGUAUAAAACUCAAAUGUGAAAAAAUAACUUCUGGGUUAAUUCGGUCCUCUAAAUUUAUUAGGUGCGGUAUAAACUGCCUUAGUAUAAUCUGUGCGACGAAGAA